CUGGGGUGUGGCGGGCAGGCGGGUGGGCGGACUCCUUGCUCCUGAUGCCAGCCAGCCUCCCUGAGAACUUACCACACUGAUCAUCUUGGAGGAGGUGAAGUUUGCAGCCUGCUAUGGAGCUCUCCUGCUUCGGCAGCCACCUGGGCUGGGCUGUGUGUGUGCUGGCACUGGCCCUGCUCCUCCGAGCCAGGAGAAAGGGCUCCUGGCACCCAGGCAUGUCUCCCACUGACCUGACGGGCAAGACAGCCAUUGUCACUGGAGCCAACUGCGGGAUCGGGAAAUAUGUGGCCUUGGACCUGGCCCGCAGGAACGCCCGCACCAUUCUCGCCUGCCGCAGCAGAGAACGGGGGCAGGCGGCGGUGGAGGAAAUCCAGAGGGCCACCGGGAACCCCAACGUGCUUCUGAGGAUCGUGGACAUCAGCAGCAUGGCCUCCAUCCGGCACUUUGCCAAGCAGAUCCGGCAGGAGGAGAAGCGGCUGGACAUCCUGGUCAAUAACGCCGGAGUCACAGGUUUGCCGUUCUCCAUCACCUCCGAGGGGCUGGAGCAGACCUUCGCCACCAACUACCUGGGCCCUUUUCUUCUGACCAAUUUGCUUCUGGAGACCAUGAAGGGCUCCGCUCCCGCCCGCAUUGUGAACAUCUCAUCCUUCAGACACGUCCAGGGCAUGGCCAACAUGAAGCACCUGACCGGGGAGGAGAGGCCCAAGAACUUCGACCAGUCGUACACGAGCACCAAGCUCAUGAACGUCCUGUUCACCAACGAGCUGGCCAGGAGGCUGCAGGGCACGGGGGUGACGGCCAAUUCCCUCAACCCCGGCAUUGUGAAGACAGAAAUCAUGCGCCACUUCAACUGGCUGACUCGCCUGAUUUUCAGCAUCGUCAGUAUCUUCCUAAUGUCUGCCGAGGAGGGAGCAGCCAGCACCAUUUACUGCGCCGUCUCAGAGGAGGUCGCAGGCAUCACGGGAAAGUACUUCGACAGCAACUGCAGGCUGGUGCUGCCCUCUGCGGCUGCCCGCGACCUGGGCCUGGCCCGCAAGCUGUGGGAGGCGUCGGAGCGAGUGACGGGCCUCGCGGAGAGCGGGCGCAUGUGAACAAUGGAGCCCAUCACCUCUGCCCUGCAGCACCUGGCUACUCCCGCGGGCGCAGGGCUAGGUAGCCUGCAGGAGCUGGGACCUGGGGCGAGCAGGAGGGGAGACGGGGUGGAGGUGGGGGCUCUGCUGGCGGAAGCCAGACUGGAAGGAAGGUGGGAAUUAGCUGAGCCAUUGCAAGGUAGGGUUGCCAACUUUUUACUCGCAGAAAACUGAACACACUUGCCCCACUGCUGCCCCUUCCCCGAGCCCUCCCCCUCAUGUCACCCACUCACCCCAUCCUGGCUCACUUGCUCAUUUUCACCGGGCUGGCUUAGUGGGUAGGGGUGUGGGAGGAGCGAGGGCUCCAGCUGGGGGUG